UGGAUGUGCCUCAAGCUGGACUUCGAGGUGCUCAGAUGUCUUGCUCAGCACCCUGACAUCCCUGCGAUCCUGGUCCUCAAUAAGGUGGACCUGCUUAAGACCAAGGACCGGCUACUGGAUAUCACAGCAGAGCUGACGUGUGGAAUCGUUAACGGACGUAAAUUGCACGUCAGGCCGGUGAUAAAGCCUCCGUGGGCUGAGAAGAGGCUGCAGAGAGACUCUGAGUCCUCGCUGGAAGAGGAAAGUCAGGGGGGCGGCGGCAUGCUGAGCAAAGAGCAGCUGAAGGUGCUGAGGGGUCAGCGGGGCUGGCCUCACUUCAAAGACGUCUUCAUGACGUCGUCGGUGGACAGAGAGGACGUGGACACGCUGAAGAGUUACUUCCUGGUUGCAGCGAAGCCGGGCUCGUGGCCGUACCACAGCGAGGUCCUGACUGACCAGCCCGAGGAGCUCUGCACCAACAUCAUCCGAGAGAAGCUUCUGGAGUAUCUGCCGCAGGAGGUGCCCUACUCAAUGACUCAGUCCAUUGAACUCUGGCAGGAUAGAGAAGAUGGCGACCUGGAUAUUUCUGUGAAACUGAACGUCAGGAAGGAAACACACAUGAAGAUGGUGAUCGGCGCAGGGGGUCAGGUGGUGGCUCAGAUGGCCCGAGAGGCGGGCGAAGACCUGAGCCGCGUCUUCCUCAGGGAAGUGAAGCUGAAGCUCUCGGUGAAGCUGAGGAAGUGAAGAAGAUGGAAGAAAGACUUUGAAAUGCAUAAACCUCUGAAGGGAUGAAGACGUGGAAAGAUGGAGGACGGACAUGAAGAGUCGAAGCAGGAGCAGUGACCUCCACAGACGAGAUGUUUCCUGGAAACGCCUCCUUCUUUUUGACUUUAUCUGCAGCCUCCUUUCAUGCACACUCACACCUCGUUAUAAAGACUCCUUAAGUGAGGAGGCAACAGAGGACAUGUUGGUGUCAUGGUGGAGAGAGAUUUAACUCGUCUUUAUCAAGUCAAAUCGAGAAAUGACAGCAAUAAAAAACCCGGUUGAGGAAUGAAA